CCAUGGAAGCUCAAGCCAGUGUCAAAACUUGCACGUUAAACUCUUUGCAGUGAAUUAAGUGUACCUAUCGUUUUUUUUUUAAAGACUAUGGUGAACUUUUUUUAGUGAGUGAAGAAAAGUGUUUUGAAGACUAUGGGAACUUUUGAAAAACGUGUUUUUUCGUUUAUCUAGUGAUUGUUUUUUUAUGUGUGGUGUAGUAAAGUGCUCUGAAACCGACGGUUGGAUACUGAAGGAAAAUAUGGACCAUCGUAACAAGAAGUAUUUCGUGGUCUCCUUCUUGGAGUUACCACAUCCGAACAUGGACAAAUACGUGUGUGUGCCCAGAUCCUGGGUGACGUUACGCCCAGAAGAGCAGUCCAGUUUGGUAUCCUACCCAAAUGAAAACCCAGCUCUGACCAGAAACCGCAUUGAGAAUACAGAACCAUGUGAAAAGAAUUGGCCAUGUUAUCAAGCUACUAUUGCAUAUAUUACUAAUAACUACGAUGAUGCGGACAACUGGAUAGCUACCAUGUAUGAUGAUGGAGUCGACUGCCAGUGCAGCAACUCUCCUGGCUUUCAUCUCACAACUACAAUCAAGUCUGAAGUUCCGGAUAAUAAUCCAUUCGAUGUUAUAGACAGACUUCUGAACAUUAAGAAAGAAGAGCCUGCUUCCCCACCACCGACGGCUUCAUCUACAUGGGAGCUCUUCAGCAAUUCUUCACUAAGUCCUAUCAGGAAAGAGGAACAGCCUGAGGAAACCUCUCAGGACAAUCCCUGUCCAGACAUUACCAACCCUAAAAGUAAGAUAAACCUUAAACGAACAAUUUCACCAAAACCAGAUCAAAACAACAAAGCAAAGCAAGCAAAAUUAGACAAUACCACAUCAGUACACGAUGAUUCUAACAACUUUGAUAAAACUUUAGAAACAUGUACUAAUGUUGGAGAAAAAGACUUGGAAUCAUAUAUAGGUUCGUUCUUAAAUGAAUUACAAUCAUACAUAAGUGGGCAUGAAGCUAAUCGUGAGGGAGCGUCUGAUAAUAAUACAGUUACAGCACCCAUGGAUACUAACAGUACAACUAAUAGUCAAGUUCCUUUAAGUACUGAUAACGUUGACCGUCAACCACCGAAUUCAACAAAACCACGCAUAUCAGUGGUUCCCGAUGAAUAUUUGCUUGAAAAUAAAGGUCAAACUGCCACGCUAGGUCAUCGCAAUGAGUCAAGGGAGACUCCUAUACCUCAACCAAAUCCAGCCAAUGUAUCCGCGUCACAAACGUUGAUUAACUUAAACAACCGACAAAAAGAGUUAUUUAAAGCUACACCGCCUAAAACUCAAAGCCAUUUACAGCUGCCACUCAGAGCACCAAUUGAGAACAGAAGACCUUCUAAACCUUCUGAUAUUCGUAUCCGAAAUAUCACCCCAAAACCAUCAUCAACUGCACAGAUACCCGUCAUCAAAGGGCAACAAGAAUUACUAGCUCAACCAAUCCAAACAGAAGUAAAUGUACGCAAAAAUGUUUCACAAAACAGUGCUCAAAUGAAAGUCACUCCACCAGGAUUAACUGGAAUGAGGAAUAAUCAAAACGCACCUCCUCGGAGUCUACCAAAUCAUUUGGCAUCUCCAGAAAUACAUACUUCUUGUCAGUUAUCCAUGCCAGACCUUGGAAGCCCUGAUUCAGAUUUCAGAGACAUUCCACCAACUCAAAAUAUUGCACCAAAUACUGCACAGCAACCUAUCAAUAACGUACAGCAAAAAUUACAAUCUCAACCAAAUCAAACAGAACGAAGUUUACUACGUAAGAAUGUUCCACAAAGUAAUUUACAAACGCCAGUGGCUCGUGCAGAAAACGCGCCUUCUAGGAGUCUACCAAACAAUUCGCCAUCUCCAAACACACAUAAUUCUCGUCAAUCGUCCAUGCCUGAUUCAGGUGUCAGAGAUAUUCCACAACCUCAAUUUAUCUCACCAAAAUCAUCAUCAACUGCACAGCCACCAGUAAAUAAAGCGCAACAAGAAUUAAAAUCUCCACAAACACAGAGAGAUCAAAGCUUACUACGGAAGGAUGUGCCACUAAGUUGUUCACAAAUACCAGUAGUUCCUGCAGGAUGUCAAAAGGCACCGCUCAAUAGUCUCCCAGACGAUCCAGCUUCUCCAGAAACUGAUAUAUCUCGUCGACUGUCUAUGCCAAGCCUUGGAAGGCGCGAUUCAGGUUUUGUUGACUUUCCGCAACCAUUUUCGCCGUCCGAUGCUCUUUUUAUCGCAGAAUCACCUGCUCCAAGUUGUCCUAAUACUGGAAUAACUCAAAACACAACAACUUUUUUUGAGAAUAUAACUCGUGUAGAAAAUCAGCUGCCUAGAAGGCCAUCGCAAGACCCAAAUUCAACAGACAAUAAAAGAAAAGUUGAACAAGGGGAAAAUAAUCAAAUAAACAGCGCUACCGCAGUUGAGAAUGCUCAACGGUCGGCAACUCCACAGAGACCAAAUAACAAAACAAGUAUGGCGAAUGAUAGAACGAAUUCUUCGACUGUAGGAAAUCGUCCACAGGAGCGCGUCGAAGUCCCGCUUACAGUAGAACUAUUAUCGCACCCGGAAAGACAACAGCACCUCGAACCAAAUUCUAAUGUUAGUACUGCAGAAAGUAUUGACAGAAUUACUGAACAGCGGAAGAAUAGCCAAGAUGCAUUAAAGCCUUCUCCAUUCAAACAAGACAGCUCAAAGGCAGCCAAGCUCCUGUCUGAACCUCCUAACGACAAUAAUUUAACACUGCUCGUCAAAGGCUAUUUAUUAGAAGAUCCAAGUUCGGGGGUACUUUUCGUACAGCCUGCAUGUCCAGGUCAGAAUAUUCUGGAACCAAGACGCAGCAGUCUCAAUCCUAUAAAGCAGGAGUGCAUUGAGAAUACAACUCAAAAGACACAAGAAGUUCGUCAUCAAAAUUCCCAUUCACGGGGACAAUGUCAAGAACCUGAUCCUGAAAUUGUUUCUCAAAACAUCCAACACUCCGAACAUCCGCCCUUGAAUCGCAAUAAUAAUAGGCCUGAUCCACAAAUGAACUUACGGACUACUCAAUCCACGAUGAAUUAUGGACAUCAACGAUCCAACCCUCAAAAUACUCCACCUAUGGAUAUGCAUGCCAGUAAUCAAAGGCCUGGUGAUCAAAUUGAUCAACACAUUAUGAAUGGCAAUAAUCAAAGAAAUUAUUCUCGAAUGAAUCCACAGGAAGUUCUAUACAUGGCCACUAAUGGCGGUUAUCAUAGGCCUGAUGGUCAAAUAGGUCCUAAUAUUGCUAGACGCCCUGUAAAUACGAAUGAAGCAUCUCAAGGACUUAAACAUCAAAAUAUACGAAAUCCUGUAGAUAUUGUUCCUCAAAGGAAUCCGCAAAGUACUCAACGGCCUGUAAAUGGUACUCACCAAAGGCCUAACUUUCACCCUGGUCCUCCAAAUACCCAAAAUCCUAUGAAUGGAAGCAAUCAAAGAUUUGCUCAAGCAAGAGGUUAUCAAAAUGGUCAACAAUCAAUUAAUAGAAAUGAUGAUCUUAACAUUUCAAACCCAGUAAAUACUGGAAACCGUUUGGAUGAGCUUAACAAUGUUAUUCAAAGAUUACAAGCUGAAGUUAGUGCGCUGAGAGCUCAACACCCCAAUUACCAGACGAAUGCCUCUAAUCAACGGCCAAAUCCUCAAAUAAUUGCGCAAAAUAGGGGCCAAUUUGUGAAUAUGCAUAAUCAACCAUUUGAUCCUCAAGCUGUGUCUCAGUUUCUUGAAAAUACUCGACAGCCUCUGAAUGGCAAUAAUCAAAGACCUAUUCCGCAAAUGAAUAUUUGUAACAGUAUGAAUGCCAAUAAUCAUAUGACUGGUCCUCAAACGGGUCCUCAAAUUACUCGACAGCCUAUGUACAUGAACAACAAUAAUAAUAGGCCUAAUCUUCAAAUAGAUCAACAUUGUAGAAACCCUGUAACUGCUGGUAAUCGGAUGCCUGAUCCUCAAAUGAAUUCAGGAAGCAUUAUCAAUUUUACUUACUCGGGUGUUCCGAUUCAGGGCUUUGAAACCCAAAUGCCUCUUCAGAAUUCUAGCCCUAUGAAUGGAAGUAAUAGACAGAGACCUGUCCCUAACAUGCAACAAAGACGAAAAGCUCAAAUGGACAAUCAAAAUAACGGAGCCCAAAAUUGGAACACAGGGAAUCAUCAAACUUCUUUUCUGAACAACAAUUCUAUUGUUCAACAAAAAUCAGUUUUCCAACACAAUUUUCAAGAUCCUCAGACAAAUGCUGCAGUAGAAAGAUCGAAUCAUGGAUCGAAUAUUGAAUUUGGCAGACAUGAAAAUUUAGGCAGAUUUGAAAAUCGUGGCGCAAAUCUGCCAAACAAUGGAACUCCAUUUCAUCAAUUGGGCCCACAAGCUAGAAAUACCGACGGACAAAUGUGUACCUACAAUCCUAUGAACGGUUCUAGUCAACAAAGUUGUAGAUGCCAAUCAUGCAAAUCAAAAUAUACAUAUUUUACACAUUUUUAAAUAUUUCACUUAAAGAUAUGUUAUAUUAUUGUAUAGUAUUUAUACCUAACAUUUAGUUUUAGGUACCUACUGUUAAAUCUAAGUAGAUAUGCGGAGGAAUACUUCGACGCCUAAUCGAUGU